AUGAAUAUCUACUUGGCAGAACAGCCAGAGAGAAGAAUUGCUAUUAUAUCUAAACAAUAUGCAUUGAUUAUUAAACCAAUUAAGAUAGAUCAUAACGUCACCAAACCAUCGUGUGCUAUUGAACUUGUAAGAAAGGAAUCGUUGACCAAUCAAGGGUUUACUCGUCUAACUUCGAGUGAAAUUAGUGGGUUCAUUGGUUUGAUUGAGAUUGAUAAAUUGAUCUUUAUAGGUACUAUUUCUGGAUCGACAAAAGUAGCAGCCCCUAUUCCUGGCGAAACUGUAAAAAAGAUUUCAUCAGUAGAUUUUUUUUGUUUAAAUGACCCAACCUGGGAUUUCUUUGAUAUAGAUUCUAAUGGAUACCCUAUUCUACCUGAUAGAGAUACAAACGAUAUUCAAGCAACUUUACCAAAACAUCCAUGUGCAGAAAUACGAAAAUUAUUGUCAAACGGUUCGUUCUUCUACAGUUCUGAUUUUGAUUUAACUUCUACUUUACAAAAUAGAGGUGUUGGUGCACAUUCUUUGAGUACUGAUAACUUUGAACAAGAAUAUAUGUGGAAUUCAUUCAUGAUGGGUGAAAUCAUUACGUAUAAGGAUAGAUUAGAUAACGAGGCCAAACAAAUAUUGGAUGAUGAAGGAUUUUUAACAACUGUUAUUCGUGGGUUUGCAGAAACAUUUGUCACCCAUGUUAAGAGUGUUAAAGUAGCCACAACUAUUAUCUCUAAACAAAGUUGGAAGAGAGCAGGUACUAGAUUUAAUGCUCGUGGUGUUGAUGACGAUGCCAAUGUUGCCAACUUUGUAGAAACUGAGUAUAUUAUGUAUUGCAGUAAUUAUUGUUAUGCUUUUACCGAAAUAAGAGGUAGUAUACCUGUAUUUUGGGAACAAGACACCUCCCUAAUCAACCCAAAGGUUCAAAUUACAAGAUCUAUGGAGGCUACCCAACCUAUUUUUGAUGAUCAUUUUGAAAAAUUGAUUAAGAGAUAUGGUCCCGUUCAUGUCGUUAACUUAUUGUCUACAAAGAGUUCAGAAAUUGAAUUAUCUCGACGUUAUUAUGAUCAAAUUAAACAAUCUAAAAAAUUAAAACUGAAUUCCGAUAUUUUAUACACUGCGUUUGACUUUCAUAAGGAGACUGCCCAAGAAGGUUUUUCUGCCGUUAGUAGGGUUAUCCCUCUAAUCUUGGAUUCAUUGUUAAUUUCCGGUUAUUUUGCAUAUGACUGCAAAGCAAAGAAAAUUAUGUCUGAACAACAUGGUAUUUUCAGAACAAACUGUUUAGAUUGUUUGGACAGAACAAACUUAGUCCAACAAGUUAUAUCAUAUACUGCAUUUAAGACAUUUUUGGAAGAUUUCCAUUUUAUUAGUAAAAAUGAUUUUGUUGAAGAAAGUGACUUCACUUUGAAACAUAAUGCUCUAUGGGCUGAUCAUGGUGAUAUGGUUUCACAAAUUUAUACCGGGACGAAUGCCUUAAAAUCUUCAUUUUCUAGAAAAGGUAAGAUGUCCUUUGCUGGUGCACUAUCAGAUGCAACUAAAUCGGUUAGUAGAAUGUACAUCAAUAACUUUAUGGAUAAAGGUAAGCAACAAAACAUUGACAUGUUAUUAGGUAGGUUGCCUAAUCAACAAGCUGUUCAAUUACACGAUCCUAUUAAUGAAUAUGUUACCUCUGAGUUGGAAAAUCAAAAAGCAACAUAUGUAAGUCGUUCAAAUAUCAAUGUUUUAUUAGGUACUUAUAAUGUCAAUGGUGCAACUAGAAAGGUUGAUCUAUCAAAAUGGUUAUUCCCCAUUGGUGAUAAAUUUAAACCUGAUGUUGUUAUCUUGGGUUUACAAGAAGUUAUUGAACUAACAGCAGGUUCGAUAUUAAAUGCGGAUUAUUCUAAAGGUUCAUUUUGGGAAAAUAUGGUUAGUGAGUGUUUAAACCAAUAUAGCGAUAAAUAUCUCCUAUUGAGAGUAGAACAGAUGUCUUCCUUGAUAAUUUUAUUUUUCGUUAAAUCGGACAAAGCAUCUCAUAUAAAACGUGUGGAAGGUGCCACUAAAAAGACUGGUUUCGGUGGUAUGACCGGUAACAAAGGUGCAGUGGCUAUUAGAUUUGAGUAUGACUCUACAUCUUUCUGCUUUAUCAAUACCCACUUAUCAGCAGGUGUCAUGAAUGUAGAAGAUCGUAAAAGCGAUUAUGAAAGUAUUCAAAAUGGUAUCAUAUUUUCUAGGUCACGAACAAUUCCUCAGCAUGAUAGUAUAUUUUGGUUAGGGGAUACUAACUAUAGAAUUAACUUAACUAACGAAGAAGUUAGAAAAGAAUUGAACCUAAAGGAUGAUGGGUAUAUUGACAGAUUAUUGAACUACGAUCAAUUGACCCUUGAGAUGAAGGCAGGUACUGUAUUUAAAGGAUUCCGUGAGCCUUCAUUGAAGUUUCGCCCAACCUAUAAAUAUGAUAAUGGUACUGAUACUUAUGAUUCAUCGGAGAAAGCUAGAACGCCAUCUUGGACUGAUAGAAUUAUUUAUAACGGUUCGAAUCUUCAACCGUUAGCAUAUUCUGAUGCGCCAUUGCUAUUAAGUGAUCAUAGACCUGUAUUUGCUGCAUAUCGUGCUGGAGUGUUGACCAUCGAUGAACCAAAAAAAAUUGAGUUGACCAAAAAAUUAUAUAACGCUUACAAAACCUCUCAUCCAAAUGAAGUCAGUUCGUUAAAUGCACAAUUGGUUAACUUGGGUCUAGAAGGUGAAGAAUUCAUGGAAAGGACAAAACCUCCAACGGUACCAAGUGAUGUUAGUUUACUUGAUAUGGCUAUGAAGAAUGAACCAAGUCGGUCAUCAUCGACGUCCACCUCUGGUGUUUCUUCUCCAACAGGCUCAUUAUCAAGAUCUAAUUCUCAAAUAUCUGCACCUUUGCAACCUAAGCGUGCAGCAUCUAACACCAUUAUGCAAUCUGGUUCCAAUAAUUCAUCGAGAGUAACUAGUACGACAAGUUUAAAACCAGUGUUACGUCCACCUCCACCUCCAGCAUACGUGAAACCAGUAUUGCCAGUUAGACCAGUAGCUCCCGUUGAACAGGUUCAAAAAGAAGUAGCAAACGAUACCACACCUGUUCCUUCUAUGCCUGCGGAACCUCGUAAGGAAGCAUCUCCGCCUCCUGGUUUCUCAAGUAGUGUCCUUACACCAAGGAACAGCAGUGCCUCACCAGCACCUGCAAUUAAAAAGGAAACAUCGCCAACUAGAAGUUUAUCAAAGCCAGCCUCCUCUCCACAAUCGCCAGAACCAUCGAGUGGUAGUACUACUGUCACGGAGAGAGUUCCAUCUAGUACAGUAACACCACAUGUUAACAAAUCUAUGUCAGCGUGGGAACCGUUAACUCCAAAAUAA